UAAAUACAUAUUUAUAUGAAAGUUUUUUUUUGGUUGCAGUAUACCCCCAUAACUGCGACGGACGUGCAAGAGCUGCAACAGCGGUAUGAGACGCUACUGGGGAAGAUCAGACCCAAUGCCGUGGGACUGGUAGAUGCUUUCGACUUCAGAGAUGAGGUCCUCAACUCCGCGCUGGGCGCGUACGACGGCCGCGUGUACGAGCGCCUCAUGGAGGAGGCCCUCAAGAGCCCGCUCAACGCUAAACCCGUUAAUGACAGCUUCCACAAAUACCUGAAGCCCCUGAUGCAAGGGAAAUUGGUACCUCAUAAACUAUAGCCCUUUUAAUAUAAACUCUAUACUUAAAUCCUACUUAAAACACGAAAUUUUAUAAUAAUACCAAUUGGCCAAAGUAAUGUUGUACUUUAUAACUUGUAUAAGUUUUAAUAUUGAAAAUUACUUUGAUGGCAUUUUUAUACAAUAUAAUAUUCAGAAAUUACG